GCAGGAAUUUGCCUUGGAACGCCCUCGUAGAUUGCGUCAAAAUUGACCGCGCCUGCACUAUCCUUUCCUAGGAAGUCACCCCCUCCACGGUCCGUACGGGACGGGCGACUAUGGCUGGGAAAGAAACAGUUCGACCCUACUUGACGAUGUCCGGCGGCAGCUGUGACGUGGACCAGGGGGCAAGCAGUGCAGCCACUGAUCUGGACUUUGGCAGAGUCCCCGAAGAAACCAGAGAAGCAGCGUGGCAGCAGCGAGAGAACCAGGCUGCCAACAGAAUCCAUAAGUGCCACGUGUGUCUGUUCGGUUUCACCGACGCGGAGGCCUUUCAAAAGCACGCCGCUGACCACUCGCUUGGGAAAAACCACCACUGCUCCAAGUGUGGUAAACUGUUUAUGCAGAAUUACCAGCUCACGAGGCAUUCAGGUACGCACGGCGAACCGUCCUUUGAGUGUGACGUGUGCGGCAAAAAGUAUCAUACCAAAGGUACCUGCAGGAGGCACAUGCGUUCAUGCCGCAUAGGGGCACAGGACCGAGAAGCCGUCGAAGGGUCUCCUUAACACGAAAUUGGUCGUGUCCGUCGGGAAGCACCGUUGCAGCUGGCGGUGGAUUCGGCAUCGGUGCGGCCGGAAGUUCGCCCGGGAGGAGUGACCUUUCUUGAUGUCACCCUGGCGCCAAGACGUGUCGUGUGCCUUGGUAGAACUUGCUGUCUGGGCCUCGAAUGUUUUAGCUGUGCGCUAACUUUUUGACAAACAAAACUGGGCUAAUCUUAUUCCUUCUGACUACGGCUGAAGAAUGCCUGCGAAUAAAGUU